GUUUAAUUUAGUGAUGAAAGCCCCACCACGACAAUAUUUUAAAAUGCGCAAAUAGGAAGAAAAGAACUAUAAAGGAAACCACCACAAAGACAAAACUCAAAACAAGUUGGAGGAAAAAGAGAGACAAAACUCACAACAACAUCAAGGUUUUAACUAAAUUUAAUUUUGUCAUAACUAUUCAUAUAUAGUCAAAUGGCUAACAAAGCUCUCAUUCAUCUCCUCGUCAUCUUCUUCUUGGCUCUAUCACACAUCUUCUUCUUCCCUUCCCAUGCUUCGAGACUUGGGAGUUUGAUGGAGAAGCCAAAAAUUGUUCGACCUCAACAAGAUACACUAAUGGAUGUGAAGAAGGAGGUCGAAGAAAGGAUGGUGAUGGAGUUAAACGACUAUCCAGGUUCGGGUGCAAACAAUCGCCAUUUGCCACGACAACGAGGCUGCGUCGUUGAUUGCUGAUCGAUAUAUAAAAUGACGAAAAACGAAUUAAUAUGAUUAUAGCUAGUAUCGAUAAAUUGAUGUAUAAGUAAGAUACGUCUAAUUAUUUUUCAGAAUAUGAAUUGAGUUAGUUUAACAUUGGAGUCUAUAGACGAUUAGACUAUAUACUUGUCUACUCUACGGAGAAAAGCAUAGUUUUAUUUAUGUAGUUCAGUUGGUAAAUCAAUAGAUGCUAUUGUUAAUAAACCAUAUAUAUGGAUGAUA